GGAAGAGGAAGAGGAAGUCGGAGAGGGCGACAACGCAGCGGCGCGGCACCUAUUGUACGCGCAACCGUUAGUUUCGCUUGCUUGGAGAGGAGUGGGGGAGAGGGAGAGGGAGACGCGCGCCGCCACAGCUUGUGGUUUGGGAAGAGGCAGUCGCCACCAUGCAGUGCGCAAUCUCGGGACAGACCCCGGAGACCCCGGUGGUGUCGAAGAAGUCGGGGCACAUCUACGAGAAACGGCUCAUCGUCAAGUACAUCGAUGCCGAGGGAAAGUGCCCCGCAACCGGGGAGGAGCUCACGGCGGACGACCUGCUGGAUGUGCGAUCGGAGGGGGCCGUCAAGCCCAGGCCCGCCGAGGCCGCCUCUAUCCCCGGUCUCUUGUCUUUCCUGCAGAACGAGUGGGACGACCUGAUGCUUGAGACGUACACCCUGAAGCAACACCUCAAUCAGACGAGGCAGGAGCUGAGCCAAUCGUUGUACCAGAACGACGCGGCGUGUCGGGUGAUCGCGCGUCUGCAUCGCGAAAGGGACGAAGCGCUGGCGCAGGUGCAGGCACAGAGGACCGCCCUGGCGCAGGCGCAGGCGGCAGCCCCGGCAGCGGCAGCGGCUGUGGAAGAGAUGCAGACGGAGGAUGACGGGGAGGAGGGAAUCUCGCCCUCCGUACACGCGCAGAUGCAGGCUAAGUGGAAGGAGCUCUCCAAGAAGAGGAAGAAGAGGGCCAUGCCGGACGACCUGGCCUCUCAGGAGACCGUGUCGGCGUGGGGCGAGGUGUCGAGGAACACCCUCCACAAGACAAGCCCCAAGGGCAUCACGUGCCUCGACCUCCACCCGUCCAAACCGAACUUGGUGCUCACCGGUGGCGUAGACAAGACGGCCAUCGUCUUCGACCGGGACACGCAGGCGCAGGUGGCGACGCUCUCCGGUCACACCAAGAGAAUCACGGACGCGUGCUUCCACCCCACUCGGGAGCUGCUGCUCACGUCCUCGGCGGACAAGACCGCUCGCGUGUGGCAAGCCCAGGCGGAAGGGGACGGGGGCGGGUACAAGGCUGUCCACGUGCUGGACGACCACGACGGGGAGGUGGUGGGCGCCACGGUGCACGCCACGGGAGACUUCAUGGCCACGGCGUCGAAGGACAAGAGCUGGGCGUUCUACGACAUCAACAGGGGGAGGUUGUUGAAGCACGUCAAGAAUGACGAGUACUCCGAGGGGUACAACUGCGUCCGCUUCCACCCGGACGGCCUCAUCCUGGGUACCGGAACUGGUGACGCGCUCGUGCGCAUCUGGGACAUGAAGCAGGCGGCCAACGUGGCCAACUUCAAGGGCCACGAGGGAGGGGUGAACGCUCUGGCCUUCAGCGAGAACGGUUACUACAUGGCCUCGGCGGGUGAGGAUGGCUACGCGCGCCUGUGGGACCUCCGCAAGCUCACCAACUUCGACAACCUGACCAUCGGCGACGGGGCGGCGCACUCGGUAGCGUUCGACUUCUCGGGGUCCUACCUCGCGGCGGGCGGGAAGAAGCGCACUAAGGUGUUUGCGGUUAAGACCUGGGGAGAGCUGGCUACUUACGGCGACUACGGCGGGUCAGUGACGGGCGUCAAGUUCGGCAAGAGCGCGAGCUUCUUGGCCACAUCUUCGAUGGACAGGACGCUGCGUUUCUACGGCACCGCGUAACAAGCGUCCGCUGCUAGCUAUGGCAUCAGCACCGUGGACAGAGUCUACAGAGAGAAUACAUGGGCGGCGCGGUUGUGUAGGCAUUGGGGGGGAAGCGGGGGUGCCACGUGUUGGGCGAAAAGUAACUGUAGGAAGGUUCGCGUACAGCACGACUGGCUCCACUGACGGCUCCAGCGUUGUGGAUUGUGUACGUCUUGUUACGUCCCUGAUGUGGGUAUAAGGACCAAUCUGAGGAUUAGUUGGGGAUAAUUUACGCGCCUACGAGGUUGGCGUUCUUUCCUCGUGGCGCGAGCCAUGUUAUUGUUUUGUUAUGCCGUAUUUGGCGUCUUGUUGUUGGCUUGUUUCUCGUUUUUUUCGACGCGAGAGGUACAAAGUAGAGUAGGCCCCCGACGAGUCGUUCCUUUUGAGCGACUGCUCGGAAUAAGCGCGCAUUGCCGCAAGGCGAAACGUGUAUUUGUAGCUCAAAAGUUGACUAAGUGAGGAAUGAGGAAGACGUCCUGCGACUAGGUUGGUUCUCAGGGACUCUUGGGGUUCGGCAAAUGGCGAUUGCGUUUGACACAGGGCAGUGAGGGUUCCAAGGUUUCGAGGAGGGAACAAGAGACGAGAGAGGCGAGACGCCCCGUUCCUUGUGAGCCUCCUUGUGAGCCUCCUCCCUUUCAUCAAAUCUACUGCGAGGUCAAUGAUCGUAACAACUAGGGCAUGCAAAAACUUGAGUACGCCCGCCAUCAACUGCACUAUAUGUCGUAUGCAUAAAACUUACAAAAGGCGAGCUUUGUGAUUCUCGUAUCCGCGUUUUGAGUGGAGACCGACGUGGGCGGGCUACAGGGACUGGAAGCAGGCAUGAUGCUUCGAAAACGACCGUACAAUCAAACGUGCUGUUAGCGAUCGAGCAGCGCCACACAAAUCACCGUAAAGUUCGGCGCGCGUCUCUGGUGGUGUGUUUUCUAUGCCGAAGAUAACUUUGCAAGUCCGUAGCCAGGGAACUUAUUCUGCCGUGCGUCUACCUGCGGUUAGGUUCGAGGGUAGAGAGGUCUGCCC